UUGUGAGCCGACAGGCCCUUCCCAGCCUGGGGGACAGCCGGUCACUAAGCCCGGGAACUGGAUGGAUGUCUGUGAAGGGUCUACCACUGUGAUCCUCGGGGUGACCUCCUCGGUGCCCUCCUUGCCACUCCCCAACGUCCUCCUGAUGGCCAAUGUCACCUGGCCCCAGGGUCAGUUUUCCACCUGGAGCACACCUGGUAGUGCCCCAGUCAUCACCCUCAGCAGGAUUCUCCCACUGAAGUACGUGGAGCUACGAAUCUGCGACCGGCUCCAACGCAUCCUGAGGGUUAGGACAGUGACUGAAAAGAUCUACUACCUGAGGCUCCACGAAAAACACCCAGAGGCUGUGUUUCAAUUCUGGAUCCGCUUGGUGAAAAUUCUGCGGAGAGGUCUGUCUAUCACCACAAAAGACCCGAGAAUCCAGUUCUCUCACUGCCUGGUGCCCAAGUUGCCCUGCAGCUCCACCGAAACAUCUGGAAGCAGCCUCCUGUCAUCCUGCCAGUCCAGUGAAAGCUCCAUGAAACUCUUGGCAGCCGAGCAGACCAGUGACUGUUUCUCGAAUCUCUCAGGAAGGUCCCAGCUCACAGCAGACAGAAACACCGAUACCACCGCUGAAAUAGACAACUUCAACUGCUACGACAAGACACCCUCUCCAGUGGCAUCCCCUGUCAAUUCGAAUAUACCCAUGAGAGCCACCUUGAGCCACAGUCUCUGGGAACAAGAGAAUCCAGAGGAGCACUUCCUGCAGGCUCCUGUAGCCAGUUCCCUAGGAGAGAACUUCCUGGGACCCUAACACCUAGCCAAGACAGGGUCAUCUUCCCAGGCUUCAUUCAGUCCACUUGCUACAACCUUCUAUAAUGCUCUUUUCCUAUUGUGGCCCAGAUGACCAUGGGAGAGGUAAGAUGGUGUUUAUAACAAGGUGCUUUGGUACUUCCACCAAUAAACCUCCA